AUGAAAGAAGUAAUGGCACAAGUGAUUUGUAGUGUCGGUGUCAUACUGCAGCUCAGGGACGAUUUCACUGGGCAUCAAGAAGACGAACUGUUCAAUGAGGCAGUUCAUUUUACAGAAGAACUAAUAAUAGAUGUGCAGCCAAGAGAUCAGACAAACUAUGCUUUGCUAUUGCAUAGUACAAUGAAGGUAAGACUUUAUAUAUAAACUUGUUAGAUAUAUUCUUGCGGGUGAUGUCUGUUAACUUAUUUGGUGCUAUGUACUUCUACACACACACAAUGUCACAACUGAAUGGCCACAUGCUUAAAUUACUUGUCAAAUUUUCUUUGCUUAUCUUUAUACAAUUGAGCAAAAUUUCAACCUUACCAAAUACACAUGGUCAAAAGCCAACAUGAACUUCCUUGUAGUUUUCCAUAACAUGACGAAUAAUAAUAAGUGCAAAUUUGAACUUACGUGGUGCUUCCAAAAACCAAACGAAAACCGACAAUAUGCAUGGAUGCACUUGUCACAGAAAACAUGGCAACAGAAAAUAAUCUAAAUUGGCUAUAAUAACAAGAUUAAAUUAAAUCCUCGUUGUUUGAGAAGAAACUUUCCUUUUUUUAUGAGAUAAUUGAGAAAAUUGGGAUGAAGAACGAACUGUGGCCUUCUCAAAUCACACUUCGCUGAUGUUGUAAUUCCGCACCACCGGACGUUUACACUUCAGCAUAUUCAGCACGAAGAAAACUCAACAUCCGAUGACCAGUUCAAUGGGAAUGGCAAUAAAGUCUCAAUGAUUGAAGUCAUAUCUGGGAACUGCUGCAGGACAGAGCGUACACAUCGCUCUGUGGACUCCAUAAACUAA